AUGGGAAGUUCACCAAUAGAGCAUUCUAUUAAAGGAAAACAUGUUUAUGACAGGAAAUCAAAACUAACCGACAACAAUUUCAAUUCGAAUAACUUCAUCAACAACAAUAACAGCAUCCCAGGUUUUACUCAAGGAUUACACCAAAAAAGACAUAACUCGAGUGCUAAUAACCAUACAAGAGAUACAAUUGUUAAGAGACGAUUACCAGUUCAGUCAGACGAGAAUCCGAUUGGUAACUUCUUAGAUAGCUUUUCAAAGAAUAGUUCCCCUUUACAACAGUGCAGAACUCCGGGUUCUAGACCACAUAGCGUGACGAAAAAAACCAGUAAUAUAGACAACACAGAUAUGGUAGGUAGAAGUAAUGCCAUAGGUGGAUAUAGCGAUAACGCCAACAUGAGUAAUAAGAGUCCUGCAGAAUUUAAUGCUGGUCCAGUUAAUAAAAAUCAUACAGGAAACAGUCUCCUAGAUAACAUAGCAAACUCUGCUAACAGAGUUGAUAUACCAGGAUCACCCUUUUAUUUACCAACCAGAACCCAUUCAAAUAUAUUGGAAACUACUCAAGCUGAUGCUCCUUUACAUCCUGUAAAUUCUUCGGAGGUUGAACAAGAGUCUAUUGGUCCUGAAUUAAAUUUGAUAGAAGAGCAGUAUAAUUCAAAUCUAGAAAAUGGGGAAAUAAAUUAUAAUACUGAAGUGUCUGAUUUUGAAUCGCUUCCGACCAAAGAUGCCAACAGUGUUACUUCAACAGAAUAUGAGAAGGGAACCCGAACGGCAAUGACCUCACAUCAAUCAAUUCUACCCACUACAUGGAAUAGAUCCACUCAAGCCUUGAUAUCAAAACUGCAAGAUAUUUAUAAAUCAAUUUUGGUUCAAGAGGUUGAACUACAGAACUGCUGUUCAGCUAUUACAUCCUCUCAAACUACUGAUUUAAAGAAAAUAUGGGAAGUGUACAAAAUAAAUGUCGAACUAGUGAACAACUAUGUUAUAUUUAUCACAACAGCGUUGCUGCCGUCCCAAUCUCAAACAGAUUUAUUGAUAGGACAAGAGAUUAUUGACGUAUAUAAAAUUGAAAGAAGAUUGUGGGUGUAUGGCACAAUAACCUUCCUUGAUGUUUUGAAACAUUUUUCUAAUUUCAUGGAUCCAGAAAUCUGUUGUCAGUUUAUUAUUCAUGUUUUUAUAUCAAUUGCCAAUAUGUCUGAUUAUAUUCCCAAAAAGUUUUCCAUUCCGUGGUUUUCUAGACUUGGCGAUUUAUCCCGUAUGGCAACAGCUUUAUAUCCUCCUGGGGCAACAGAUUGGAAAUUGAGUGCAGAAUACUGGUAUGGUGAGGCAAUGAAAUAUACUUACGGAGUAGGUAAACUGUACUAUCAUAUGGCAACAGUUCAGCAAAAUUCUUUAGCAGCCUUUAUAAACUUAGGUAAAAGUGUUUUUUGCCGAGAUGCAUUUGUACCAACACAGCAGUACUUGCAGCUUGUAAUCGAUAAUAUUUACCAGAGAGCAUACAUUUCACGGGGUGAGGAAUCGAGCAGUAACGUUCAAAUACUCGAUUAUCUUAAGCAUAAUGAAAUAAUGGUUUUACCAAACUUCAUGGAGAACUUUGAAUUGCAGCGAAUGGCAUAUGUAUAUUUUAGCGAGAAAUUCGGCCAAGACUUUGUAGGGAACAACUUUUUUGAUACACGGAGUAUGUUUGUUCAGAAUCUGGAGUCAGUAAAAUUUUACUUCAGGCAUUCUCCGUUGUUUGCCCAGGCUCAUAUUCUACAAGUGGUAGGGUACGGAAAUAUUGGAAAUGCGUUUGCUUUGCUUUACGAAUUGCCCAAAUUUAUCAAAGAUAAUGAAAUUUCAAGACAAAGAAAGAAAUCUAAAACAGGAGUUGACAACAUGAGUAUCGAUACACUUUCAUUUCAAGUUUCAGGAAACGAAAUACAUGAUGUUGGAGAAUAUUUCAACUCCUUAGAAAAUAUCGACAAAGAAUUUACUUUGCCACCUAAUGUUGAUAUAUGGAUUCAAUCUCUACAAUAUACUAAUACUACAGGUAUAUUUUGUGGCAUGAUGGUUUUACAGAAAUUUCUCCAAGGUCCUUUCGUUACAGCCUUGCCACAUUUACUACCAUGGGUCUAUUUCUUAAUUUCAGUUGCAUUCAAAAUAGAAACUUUACGGGAUACCAACAGUCAAUAUUUUUGGAAACUCUUCAUAAGACGCAUCUUUCCUUGGAAUACGAUCAUAAAUUUUUUGAACGUCUUAAUUGCAUUUCUGAAGGACAACUCUGAUUCGUGUUCCUUAGUAAAUCAGCUUUGCGAAACAUAUUCACAACUCUCAUUGGAUGAAAUUUUGACAAACUUCUCAGAAAAUGAAGAACUACCUGAAGUAUGGAAUUGCUGGGGAUCUUUGUGGUUUGAUACUAUUAAAAACAAAAGUGAAACUAGUUAUAGUGGCUUGAAAACCGCCGGUAUUAAGGAUGUGAACUUCUUAGACGCUCCUUAUGAUGGGAUUGUUUUUGAUGAGGAAGACGACAAUGGCAAUAAGUUCUGGAAACGUGCCUGUCGUAUACUGUUUCUAUUCAAAGGAUAUGCAGAGAAAUUUGAUCAAGGUUUAAGACUAACCAAUAUCAACAGUCUAAAUUCUGAAGAAGAGAAUAUUUUCACCAAGAAACAAGAGAAGCGUAACAUUGAUUUCUUGUUUAAAUUUGAUCCUACCUAUGAUUUAUUACCGAUUGACGAAGCUUCUAAUAAAUACUUCCAGGUCUAUUCACUAUUUACAGAGAAAUUACCAGCGUUUGAAUCGAUAAGUGAAAACAAUAUCAUAUUAGAUGCUGUGCCACAACUCAGUGUUAUUGAUGGAGAAAGUAUUUUUGAUUACGUAGGCUACAAGAAGUUGUUGCCAUGCUACUAUUACUAUGAUAAGAACGGCAAUGUAAACAAAGGUGCUAUCUACUCAAACUGGGAGGCUUUUAACCAGCUCGGUAAUGGACUGAAACCGAGAAUGGAAAAUGGCUCUUCAUUUAUUAUUGAUGGUCUAGAUGAUUCGAAGAAUUUUGAGAUACGCGAAAAAAGGUUAUUUGCAAAGUAUUUAGAGUGUGACGAAAGCCAAGAAUCAUCCGAUCACCUAGCUGAAGUGGAAAGAGAAGGCGAUGAGACGGAAGAUGAGACAGAAGAAACAAAUUCUCGGAAAGUGGAUAAAUACUACACUAAUCAACGCGACUUGGACACUAUAUUUAAAACAAUCAAGAUUAACGGAGAGAUGAGAGUCGCAUAUUAUUCGACUUAUUUCAUUUUCGAUGCCACCACAUGGCUUCGUCAUUUUGCUCACAUAUACAAGAUUGCGUACAGUGGUCUUCUGAAUUUUGUCAUAUGUCUAACCACAUUCCAGGAGCUGAGGUUUUUACGUCGUUCCAGAGAUGAAAAUGUGAUGGAGGCUGCCACAAGAGCAGUGAUUGUCAUCCGACUACUAUAUAAAUUGAAGAAGGUCAUACCAUUACGGUUUAAUGGUAAGAUCGCAUCACAUAUAGAAGAGCACUUGGAGUUUGAAGAACAGAUUACGUGGAGAUCUCAUGUCAAUGAAUUUGUCAUUGAAGCAGUUGCCAAAUCUCAGGAGAAUGGCAUGUUUGAUGAAUUACACAAUGAGAGUGCGAAGGCUGAUUUUGAUGCAGAAAACAUGGAUACCGCUGACAGUGCGGACACCAAGCAGCGUGGCAAUAGUAAUGCCAGUACGAAUAGCAAAGUUUUAUCUGUGCUAGUUACAGAUGACCGCAAUAUGGACAGCAAAGCCAAGGAGCGCGGUAUCCGGACGUGCAGCACGAGGUUUAUAUUUUCCAUUUGCAGUCAACUUGGAAUGAAGUAUGGAAUCUGUACCAAUUAG